AUGUCUUCUAUCGAAUCUAAGCUUGCCAGCUUUUCAGCUUGCGAUGUCUCCGAUGGACUUUUAAACAAAUACAACGAUGCUUCAGGUGGCUUUCUUCCCAAUCUUAAAAGAUGGUCCGGUCCUGACAACGAAAUUGUCGUGGGACGAGCAUAUACUGUUCUGUUCGCUCCUGUGGACGACCCAAGACCGGAAAUAAACUACAUCGAUGAGGUGCCUAAAGGCAGUGUCGUCGUUAUUGCCCUUACUGUCCCUCUUCAACUGGAAACUGCACCUUACACUAGAGUUUCCCAAGCAAUGUAUGGUGGCCUAAUGUCCCGUAGGGCGCAAUACCAAAAGUGCAGGGGAACUGUGGUUUUUGGUCGUAUCAGAGACGUGGACGAGCAGAGGGAGCUCAAUUAUUCUGUUUACAGCUAUGGAUUGGGCACUUGUGCGGGCAAACUUGCCGUCAAGCCGGUCGAGGUUCAGGUUCCGUUGCAAAUCUUGGAGUUUGAAUCUAAAAUACAGAAUAUACAUCCUGGGGACUACAUCUUGGGUGACAACAACGGGGUUGUACGCAUUCCCACAGAAAGCGUUGACUUGAGUGACCUCAUAUAUUAUGUUCAAAAAUCGAUCGAGGCCGACAAACUUGUCGCUCAAGAUGUCGCAGCCGGAAAACCGCUGAAAAGCUCUCAAAGGGAACGUAGAGCGGUGCUCAAGCCGCUCUGUAAGAGCUAG